AUGAGGAACUUCUUUAGCAUUGCGACUCUGGCAGCUUUAGCUAGCUAUGCUGCCGCUCAGACAUCUACAACAUGUAAUCCUCUCAACACAACAUGUCCCGCAGACUCAGCCCUGGGCACUGAGCACACAUGGUGGUUUAACGAGACGCUCGACUCCACUAUUUGGGACAUGACAGAUGGAUCCAUCGACUAUACCGACGAAGGAGCCGAAUUCACCCUCAGUUCAAACGGAUCGUCUCUUCUGUUGAAAUCAAACUUUUAUAUUUUCUUCGGAGUCGUCGAAUCAUGGGUCAAGAUGGCUAAGGGUGCUGGUAUCAUCAGUAGUAUCGUUUUGGAAUCCGAUGAUCUUGAUGAAAUUGAUUGGGAAUGGGUUGGAUAUAACACAAGUGAAGUACAGACCGACUUUUUCGGAAAGGGAAACACUACAACAUACGAUCGCGGCGCAAACUACUACGUCGAGAAUGCCGAUACUGAGUUCCAUAACUACACUACCUACUGGGAUCAUGACCGACUGGAAUGGUGGAUCGAUGGUACUUUGGUUCGAACUGUUAACUACUCCGAAUCUUUGACUGUCUGGGGUAAGAACUACCCCCAGACUCCCUGCCAGGUUGAGGUUGGUAUCUGGCCUUCGGGCGAGGAGGGUGAAUCGACGGGUACUAUUGAAUGGGGUGGAGGUCUGGUUGACUGGGAUGAUGCCCCCUUCACCAUGGUUGUCCAGCGUAUUCGUGUCCAUGAUUUCCACACCGGCAAGGAGUACAAGUAUGGAAAUGAGUCUGGUGACUGGCAAAGCAUUGAAGUUAUCUCCGGUAACUCUACUACUGUGACUGAACUGAACAAAGCCCCGGCGGAGACUCUGGCUGAGAAAUGGGCUAAACUCGGCGAGGGUGCCCACAUCGGAAUCUACGUCGCUGCUGGUGUUGUGGGCGCUGCAUUGAUUGGUGCAUUCGCCUUCUGGUGUAUCCGACAGCGAAGCAAGGGCCGUCUCGAAAACGCACUGGAUGAUACUAAGUACAACGACCAGCUCGCCGAAUCGGAGAACUUUCAGAAUGACUGGAAAAUGAGCGAAUGGAGGAACAGCGGCUACCGACAAGUUAGCUAG